AUGGCGUUCUUAAGUGAGAUCAACACAUCGGUGGCCGAGCCUUCAGAACUGUCUCUCUUUAGCGAUCCCCCUAAUCAGGUGGCCGUCCAGAAAAUAUAUUUCUCCGAGAUUCGACCCAUUUCCUCCUUUGAUGGCGAAACCGCUCCUCUCGAGUUUGCCGUUCCGGGAGGGGGAAACGAAUACAUCGACCUGAGAAGGAGUCGACUCUACUUGAAAGCCAAAAUCACCAAAGCCGAUGGCACCGCUCUGACCCCCACCGAAAAGACGGGAAUCGUCAAUUUGCCUUUACAGUCGUUGUUCUCGCAGAUCGACGUCUACAUGAAUGGAAAGUGCGUUUCGCAGAAUGCCAACAACUAUCCAUGGAAAGCCUACUUGAAAGUCCUCUUAUCCAACGGCCCCAGUGCCAGCCAAUCGCAACUACAGACUCAGUUGUAUUACCCGGACAAGGAAGCCCUGGACGAUGCAGAUGCCGCCACAGGACGCAACCAGGGUCUUAGAGGGCGCUACGUGUUCACUCAGAAGUCUAGAACCUUUGAUCUGGAAGGUCCCUUGUACGUCGACUGCUUCUAUUUAGACAAAUACCUCAUCAACGGCGUCGACUUGCAAUUGAGGUUGUUUCGUUCGAGAAACGAAUUCGUCCUGAUGAGUAAGGAAUCGUCCCCGAAUUACAAAGUCACCAUUCUCGAUGCCGUAUUUAAAGCAUGCAAAAUUAGACUGGACAGCGGAGUUUUGAUGAAUCAUGCAGACGCCAUCACCAAGUCGCCCGCUCGGUACAAUUAUCUAAAGACCGACGUGAAGAUGAUGACCAUUUCGGACAACACUAGUGAAGUUUACUGGGACGACGUUUGGAAUGGCAGGCGACCUUCAAAGAUGUACGUUGCCUUCGUGAAACAGGCGGCCGUCAACGGAAGCAACGACGCGAACCCGUUCAACUUUCAACACUUUAACCUGUCCGAAAUCGUAGUGACUGUCAACGGGGAGCCCACACCUGUACGGCCCCUAAAACUAGAUUUUGACGACAAUCGCAAUUACGUCACUGCCCUGUGUAAUCUGUACCAGGCCUCCGACAAAUGGUACAAGGACGACGGGCUGAUCAUCGACCGAGACCAUUUUUCUAAGGGAUACGCCAUUUACGCAUUCGACCUUGACCCCAACGAUCUGGGUGAAGGGUAUAUAAAUCUGACGCACCAGGCAAACGUCGGUGUGUACGCUCGAUUCGCUUCGCCCACUACUGCAACCGUGAGCGCUCUUGCCUUCUGCGAAUUUCCAGGACUGCUCCUCGUCGAUCAAGCCAGAGAAAUACGGCAACUGUAG